GCCUUGGAGCGCGGAGGUUGCAGACGCUCUCGGGCUCGGCUCGGCUCGGCACCCCAGCCAGCCUCACCUCCCUGCUGGGCAGCCGGCCGAUGGAUUGGAUGAGGGCCUUUGUGAACUGAAGAACCAGAAAGGAAAAACUGCACACAGUGUCCUUAAAGCUUGAGGCAACCUUGGGAUUCUGGCCUAGUGCUGACUUCUUGUGUGAGUCUGGAGAUUAGGAAGUGGCUGCCUGAAGUAUUUUCCAAAGAAUAAACAUUACAAAGCAUUGAAUACCGAAGUUCACAAGAAGAUCCUAUUGAUUUGGGGGAACACAACGUCCAGCAGCCACAAGGGAUGCUGCCCCUCAGGUGCCAUCUGAAACGAACUCCUCCUCAGAAGCUUUUGUGUAGGUUCUGUGCCAUGAUGGGGAAACUGCAAAGCAAACUCAAACACAGCACUUAUAAAUACAGCAGGCCCGAUGCAAUUAUAGAAGAGAGAAUAAAAACUACAGCUUUUCAUGAGUAUAGCCCCGCUCACGUGGACACCGUCUCUGUUGUUGCUGCUCUGAACUCAGACCUCUGUGUCUCCGGAGGAAAAGAUAAGACAGUUGUGGCCUAUAACUGGAAAACCGGAAAUGUGGUGAAAAGGUUCAGAGGACAUGAACAUGACAUCACCAAGAUAGCCUGUCUUCACAAAUCAAACCAGUUCUUCAGCGCCUCUCGGGACAGGAUGGUCAUGAUGUGGGACUUGCACGGCUCCUCACAACCCAGGCAGCAGUUCUCGGGCCAUGCCAUGGUGGUCACUGGAUUAGCUGUGAGUCCUGACUCAGCACAGCUGUGCACUGGCUCUCGGGACAACACCCUAGUCCUGUGGGAUGUGGGGACCGGACAGUGUGUGGAGAGAGCUUCGGUCUCCAGGAACCUGGUCACUCACCUGUGUUGGGUCCCCAGAGAACCAUAUGUACUACAGGCUUCUGAAGAUAAAACCAUCAGAUUAUGGGACAGUCGGGGGCUCCAGGUGGCUCAUAUAUUUCCUGCAAAGCAACACAUUCAGACCUACUGCGAGGUCAGUGAGGACGGACACAGGUGUCUCUCCUGCAGCAGUGGCUUUGGAGGAGAAGGCUGUGAAGCCACGUUGUGGGACCUAAGACAGACGCGGAACAGAAUCUGUGAGUAUAAGGGCCAUUUCCAGACUGUGGCAUCCUGUGUCUUUCUACCAAGAGCGUUGGCCUUGAUGCCUGUAAUCGCUACCUCAUCACAUGACUGCAAGGUGAAGAUUUGGAACCAAGAUACUGGCGCCUGCCUGUUCACCUUGUCUUUGGAUGGAUCAGGACCUUUGACCUCCCUGGCCGUUGGCGACACCAUCUCCUUAUUAUGUGCAAGUUUCCGCAGAGGAAUUCACUUGCUCAGAGUGGACCACAGCUCAGGGCUGGAACUGCGGGAAGUGGCAGUAUUCUGAGGCCAAGAGACGUUUGCUGGACAAAAUCAAGCCGCGGCCUCUCCUUUCCCAGUGUGGCUUUGUUUCCCAUGUUAUCUUCAGGGGACGGCAGUGUGCGGUCGGUGUUCUUUGUUUAGCUUCACUUGUCUUAGAAGGUAUAUCAGUGUUAGAAGUCAGUGUGAAGCCAGUGGUUCAG